AUCCAUUACUUGAACCAACAGAUUCCAAACAAAAGAUCCCUCCGAAAUCUCCUCCACGAAAUCAAAUCAAGAGACAUGACUUCUUCGUCGAAGUUCUUCGUCGUUGCUCUCAUCCUCGCCGUCACAUUCUGCAACAUGGAGAAUGGAAUGGAGGCUCGACAGCUCCUCCAACUGCCGAAACCAACAGCACUGCCUCCUAUGCCCACCAUCCCAUCUCUGCCGCAACCAACCCUGCCGUCCGUCGGAUUACCACCGCUCCCCAGCGCCGGCGCCAUUCCCACCCUGCCGCAACCAACUUUGCCGCCGCUACCCAGUGCCGGCGCGAUUCCCACCCUGCCCACUAUUCCUUCAUUGCCAAAGGUUUCUCUGCCGCCACUGCCCAGCAGUUUUCCAACCAUGCCUUCCAUCCCCGGCCUUACCCCGGCGGGCCCUGGAAACUGAGUGAAGUAGUGUUACGGAGUUUGACGAU